GAAGGCGACGACGGCUUAGUGGAUCAGCUGAGCGAACCUUUUGAAGCAGUGGGCAGAGACUCGGAAACGCCACACGCACUCACGGCUACAUGGAUCAUAUCGUUCAACCAAAUCCAGCGCCAGGACGCCCUUGCCAGCGACAUCCUGUCGUUCGCCAGCCUCCUGGACCGCCAAGCAGUCCCUGAGAAGUUCAUAGUCGACUUCUGUAACAAGAAGUCAGGGGAAGGUGUCAGCACAUCCAAAGUCACAAAGGCUUUGGGCACACUGAAGGCCUUCUCAUUUGUGUCUGGGGCAAAAGACCACGCCAUCGACAUGCAUCGGCUGGUGCAGCUAGUCACUCGGAAAUGGCUCGAAAACCACGGCAGAUUGGCCCAGUAUGUGGAUCAAGCUCUUGACGUUUUGUCAUACGCAUACCCGCAUAAUGUCCACGAAAAUCGCCAUCUUUGCCGGGAUUACCUUCCGCACGCCAACGCCCUGCUCCGAAUCAAAGCAUCCGAUUUUCAGGAAAGCAAUAUUUGGAGACCAAAACUAUUGCACUGUAUCAGCGCCUACUUGACGUAUGUGGGUCGAUGGAAAGAUGCUGAGCAGAAUGCAUCCGAAUCUAUAAAGCUGCUUGAAGGACGGUUGGGGAACUACCAUCCUUACACGUUGAGCAGUAUAAACAGCCUAGCGAUGACUUAUUGGAAUCAGGGUCGGUGGGAGGAGGCAGAAGAGCUAUGGUUGAAGGUGCUAGAGACAGAAAAGAUGAUGCUCGGCGAGGAGCAUCCCGAUACGCUGGUCACUAUACACAACCUAGCGUCAACAUACCAGAGCCAGGGUCGGCUGAAGGAGGCAGAAGACUUACAGGUGAUGGUGCUAGAGACAAGAAAGAGGGUGCUUGGCGAGGAGAAUCACAGUACACUAACUAGUAUGAAUAACCUAGCGUCGAUAUAUCACCGCCAGAGUCGGUGGGGGGAGGCAGAAGAGCUAAAGAUGAGGGUGAUAGAGAUA